UCCCCUGAUCAGUUCGCGGAAAAAUGUAGCACACAUUUUCCACACACCAUCUUCUUUUUCUCUCUUCUUCCGCUCAAUUCACCUCAGCAAAGCAUAUAUAUUUUUCUUUUCACUCAAUCAUCCCCACAAGUUGAUAUGAUGAAUUGUGAUCAGAAGUGAGACGAUAGCAGAGGAAAGACAGUCGAUUGUGAAAAGAAUAAAAAGACUCUAUCGAAGGUGUGUGUUAAAUAGUGAGAAAAGGUGUCGGAGAAAAUCGUCUUAUUUUCUCACACGCAAGAUAUAUAACAUUUUUUGAGACAUACUCUUAUUGUGUAAGAGUUUGGUGCACAAAAAUAGUUUGCUUUCUCCCCGGGGGAAUGUCGAAUAGGAUUGCCGCCGAUUUAAUAACAUGAGUAACAUGAACGGAAAACCGAAGACUGCACCCCAAUUUCGAAGCGCUCGCACGAUGCCUCAGUGGGUGCACGAGCAGAGCAAUCAGGUGGGGCCCAAGCCACCGCCUCCGCCACCCGCGGAGAACGGCAGAAACCCACCAGCGCUGCCGCCCAAGAACACCAACAACGAGCCCGACUAUGAAAUCAUCGAGUUUGGCGGCCAAUACUCCAACACUGUGCCAAUUUUUCCCGCAAAACCCGGCGAUCUGAAGAAGAGCCCCAUGACAAAGUGCGAAUUGUGCGGAUCGACAACACCCACAAUUAAGUGUGAUCAGUGCGAUCAGCAUCUCUUCUGCGCCUCUUGCGAUGACAUGUACCAUCGGCAUCCCAAGCGACAGACGCACAUGAGAAAGAGUGUCACGAUCGGCGAUCAGACGGUGAAGCCGCCGUUGCCACCGAAAGGCGAACACCUUGUUCCAGUGCCGCCGCCGCGGCGCAACAAGAGAGGCGGCAGCUUCCGCCUCGCCAGCCCAGUGCCUGGACGCAAGGAACAGAUUCCUCCACGACCACAGCCACCGCCGAGUCCGGCACUGUCGCUGCGAGAGAAGAUGAGCAGCCUGAAGAGGAUUAUAGCGCCAUCCAAUCGCCCACUGCCCAGCACUCCCAACUCAUCUCGACCGCAGACGCCGACGAGUGUCACGAGUUCCGGAUCUGCCUUCGACAGCAUCAAGAAACAGCCCUCAGUCGAGAUGGGGAAGAUUCAGAGCCACAAGAGCGCCACGCUGGAUCGCAUGACGCUCCUCCAGCAGCGCUAUCGCCAGCACCAGGAAGCUAUGAAGUCUGGGAGUGACAGUAGCCGUCGCCCGAGCACAACGUCCAACUGGGAAUUUGCGACUCCCGUGCAGAAUGCCACAGACUUCUGGGGCGCUCCCAGGAAGGCAGGAAGUCUCAUGACUGGCAUGAAUGCUGCACCAGAAGUCAAUCAUGCGCAGCACUUCAACUAUCCUCAGCAGAAUGUGGACAUGAGACUGAGAAGUCCCAAUCUCAGCGCUUCUGUCUUUGAUCUCAACCACCAACCGAACAUGGCAGCGCCAAAAUACCCAAAUCCGGGAUGGAACAACCCACAAAUGGUGCAUCAGGCGCAGUCAAUGGCUCAGCUGAACUGCAUGAGUUGCAAUCCGCAGCUUCCGCCGCCACAGUGGGGAGACUCUUCCCUGCACGGAUCCAACAUGAGCCUCAAUCUGCCGCCUCAGGGCUACUAUCCGCAUCCGCAGCAUGACGGCAGACAAGCCUGGAUGAAUCACUGGGCACCACCGCCAGUCUAUCCCUAUCCCAUUGGCAUGGUUCCCGUGAUGGCGACUCCUCAUCCGCCACGCUCCAGAGCUCAGUCCAGAACACACUCUCGGGCAGCUUCGCCGGCUCUCAGCAUAAAAUCGCGCAAGUCUACCAUGUCAACACGCAUGGCCAGACAAGAGAUUUACAUCGGCCAGGAGUAUGCCGACGACGAGGAUUCAGAUCUGGAGAUGUUCGACGAUGAUCGCCACAGUCGCAGAGAAAAUGCCAUCAAUCGUGCGCGUCGCACGAGAAAGAACUCAACGCAGAGCAGUAUAGAUUUCGACGAUGACACAGCCGACAGUGGACCCGGAAGGCGCCACUCAGGCCGCGAUCGCCGCGGAGGAUCGCUGGCAAAGUCCAAUCAGAACGAUUGGAUUCCCUCAAAGAGAGUCUCUGAUGCCAUUCGUGAGCGAGAGAUGCUGCAGAGGAAGAAAUCCCAGCAGAGAGAGUCAUUCACUCCGCCAGAAUCUGACCAGGAGAAGCCCGAAGAGAAGCCCGCCAAGCAGCUCGAAGAGAAACCCAUCAAGCAGCCCGAAGAGAAGCCAGAGGAGAAGCCACAAGAAGAAGAGGAAGAAGACAUUGAAGAUAUCAUCAACAAUCUGAACAACGCCAUGAGCAAACCAGAGCCAACGCCGCCUCAAGAGCCAGAAGAAGCAGCAGUCAGUGAAGCCGAGGAGGAAGAGGGACCAGUUGGUCCUCCGCCCUCCGCUCCUGACUACGAGUGGGAGUGCGAGUACUGCACUUACGUGAAUGAGCCGAACGUGAAAAUCUGCGGCAUUUGCUGCAAAACCCCAACGAGAAUGCCACAGAAGAUGAUCAACAAUCCAAUUCCCGACAUAACGCCCAGAGAAUCACCGCCAAAAGUGGAAGUGGCGAAGCCUAAAGCGGAAGUGGCGAAGCCAAAAGUGGUGGCGAAGAAAGAGAAUGUGGAAGUGACGAAGGAGACUGAAAAGAGUGAGAAAGGAAGCAAGAAAGGCGUCCAAAAAAUCUCUGAAUCGCCAUCGCGAUCGAAAAGUGGGACAAAGGGUGAAUCAGUGAGUGAAAAAAGCUUGUCAGAUUUGAAUGCACCGCGAGUGUCUGCCAAAGUCAGCACCGGAUGUGGUCCAUCGCCGCCCAAGGAAGUAAUUGAAGUGCCCUCAAACACCACUGAACCAAUCGUGGUGAAUCACACAGGAAAAACGUCCACAGGAACUUCACCACCGCCUCAAAGUGCCUCCACGCAGACGUACGAUUAUCUGCCGCUGAAGGACGAGGAUCAGGGCGGCUCGAGCGGCGGCCGAUCCAGUCAUGCGGGAGACUUCAAGCGCUCCUACUCAAUUGCCGCCGGCGCUCUCACAUCGAACAGGAGUCACAUGAGUUUCUCUAGCGACACUCAGAGUUUGCCACCAACGCCACCGCGAGAAUUGAGUCCAGCGCCUCGCCAGAGGAUCAAUGACAACUACUUCGAAGAGGACACUCUCGCCUACAUCGACAGAGUCCUCAACUCCACCCAUUUGGCCGCACAGCAGCUGCAGAAGUCCUACAGCCAACAGCGCGAUCCUUACAGGAGCUUCCAUGAUCUCCGUCGACCGGACAUUUACUCACCCCGGCGACCUUCCUAUCUCGACUAUCCCAGUCAUCAGAGGCUUCCAAGACGCGCAGAUUCUCAGCCACCUGACCAGAACAUCAUCACAUUGGAGGAUCUCAAAGUGAAACGACGUCAAGAUGCAAUGCAGAGUCCAGGAAUGGAACUCAUACGAAUGCUAAGAGAUGCUGAACAGCACAAUUUCACAGCUGAAGAACUCCAGGCCGCUUUGGCGCACUGUGGAGAUUCCAAUCCCGUCUCUUGGCUGCGUGAAAAUUGGCACAAACUGGUGGAAACUGUCCAAACACUGGCCACAAAGUACGGCCAGGAGCGAAAAGAGAACAUCAUCGGCACCAUUUCAGCCAUUGAAGCAAGGGAAGCUCUCAGAAUCCACAGAGGAAACGUCUGGCACGCCGUGACUGAGUGUAUUGAGCAGCGCCAGAGGAAAUACCACGAGAUCUCAAGUCGAGGAAAUUAUCCGCGCGAGGACAUUGUCACUGCCCUCACGGCACAUCACGGAAACAUCGAGUUGGCGCUCGUGGAAUUGGGCAAGAGCCAGCUGAAGCCCUUCCUCAUGCGGAUCUGGGGACCACCAGCUGGUGCGGAGAACGAGAGUGGCUAUAUACCUCCGGAAGUGCCGCAGAAGAACGACUUCAGCGAUCUCACCGUUCAGGAUUACCUCAAUAUGUAUGAAGAGCGCGAAACUGUGAGUGACAAGCAAAAAUCGCCAAUCAGAACAGACAAUUCCUUCUCCAGUUUGUCCAUCAAUUCCUUCGAAAAUCGCGAAACUCAGUCUGACGCCGAUCAGAGUGACUUGACAAAGAAUUCCAACGUUUUGCGCGACAUUGAGAUCCUCAUUGGGAACAUGGAGCAAAAUCAGGCAAAACAGAAUGAAAACAUGCUGAAGAAUAUUGAGAAUCUCCUGGGAAAUAUCCUCAACAAGGUCUCCAGACCACAUUCAGCGGCAUCGGAAUUCUCAACGUCGAGUCACCAGGAGAGAUUGCUGAAUCUCAAGAGUCCUCUGCCAUCGGCCUCAGCCAAGCCCAAUCUCGAAGACAUCACCGAUGUGGGAACUGAUGUGAAACUCUUCGUGUCGCAACAUAUUCAGGAGAUUGUGCCAAAUCUGGUGGAUCAAAUCGAGAAGGAACUCCAGGAAGAAUUGCCAACAUUGGACAUUAAUCCCAUCAACGACGAAAUUGUCUUCAUUCCAAUCAGUGAAGAGAGAAAGCAAUCGAUUCAGGAUGAAAUUAUUCCUGUCAACAGUGAAUUGGAGGUUCUUAAGAUCACCGCGGAAGACAUUAAGAGUGAAUCUGAGGGACAAAGUGUGGCUGAAUCACUGCCAAAGGAGGCUGAAGAUGUUCCAAAGGCUGAACAGAAGAUUCCCGCGAAGAAUUCCUCUCCGUCCAGACAAAAGAUAAAACGACGAAGAGCUCAGAAAGUCUCACCAGCCAAAAGUGAUCAGAAGAGAAAUGCCAUUUACAUCAAUGAUUCUAGUGAUCACGAGGAAGUUAUCAAUUCACCUCCCAUUAGGAUAAGCACGAAAAGUAUCGUUCUCAAGAGUAAAACUGCAGAGGAAAGUGUCCCAAAUCCUUCAACAUCGGCCAAGGAUUUGAGCAAAGACUCUAGCAAAGAUGUUGAGAGUGAGGAAAAUCGCAUGACUUCAGUGAAAACCUUCACGACAACCGUUGAAAUUACACCAACGACAGAAUCACCAGAAAUUCCUCAUCAGGAAGCAAGUCAAGCUAUCUCCAAAACCAGCCAGAAUCUCUCAGAACUCGUUGAAACCACACAAAGACUGAUAAAGCAGAUGAAAGAGGAGAUAACAUCGGACAUCGCUUCCAUGGACAACACAGAGUACAGCUCAGAAGACUACGCGGACUCCUUCGAGUGGACGGAGGACGAAGAAGACGAAGAGGAGCAGACUGAGGAAGAGAUCGAGGAAGAGGAGGAACUUGAAGAGAUAUCGGAAGAGGAGUCAGAGAGUGAUGAUGAAGAGUGGGCGGAAACCACUGAAGAUCUCCCUCAUGAAUCACUGGCGCAGCCAAAAGAGUCUGUCCAGGUGAGUAUCGUGCAGCUGGCCAAAGAGAGUCUGAGUCCAGAGAGCGAUUAUGUUGAGGCUAGAGAAUCUCUCGAGGAAGAACUCGGGAUCAAAGAGCCUGAGGCGAUUAUUAGAGUGGAAAUUAUAGGAAGUGAAGUUCUGCCUGAAGAAGUCGAUUUGCCAGAAGAACAUCCUGACAGUGAGGAUUCAGAGGAAUCAGAAGCAGUCAGUAAGGAAGAAGUUUCUGUGAACCAGGAAGAAAGCGUCACAGAAUCUCUUCCUGAAGUCUCACAGAGUGAAGCUACUGAGAAUGAUCAGAAAACUGAACAAGAAUCCUUAGAAGAAAGUCAAAGUGAAGUGAUUACGGAAAAGGACGAAAGUUCAAUUGAAGAACAAGUCAGCAAAGAUGAGAUCUCAGAAAAUCAGGAAGAAAGUAUCACAGAAUCUCUUCCUGAAGCCUCACAGAGCGAUGCUGUCCAGAGUGAUCAGAAAAUUGAACAAGAAUCUAAAGAAAAGGAGGACAAUUCCACUGAAGAACAAAUCAGCACAGCUGAGAUUCCAGAAAAUCAGGAAGAAACCGUGACAACAUCUGUCCCAGAAGUGGAAAUUGUGGCAGAAGCAAGUGAUCUUCAGAAUAUUGAGAAAGAUUCUGUGGAAACUGAACAAAUAUCUCAAGAACUGCCAAUAAAUGGUGAAGUAAUUACUCAAGAAAUUGCAGUAGAAGUUCAACCAUUAGUCAGUCAAGAGCCAGAAGUUUCUUCUGACCAGCAGAUUGAAGAAACAUCUCUUGAGAUUAAUGCUCCACAAGAGAAUAUUCUGCCUCCUUUGGAAGUCAUUGCAUCUGAAAACAUCCUUGCGAAUGCAAAUAAUGAUGUCACAGAAGCAGAAAUCCCUAAAGAAGAAACUCCUGCUAUUCCGGCGCCAGACGAGAAACCGAAAGAAGUUCAGCCACCAGAAGAGAAACCAGAAGAAGUUCAGCCGCCAGACAAUCGCGAACAGUCGGAAGAACGCAAGGAAUCACCCAAAGCUUCUCCUCCGAAGGAUACUCGCAAGAUUCCCGUGAGAAAGAAGUCAAUUCCGGGACCAAGAGUGCAGAGAUCGAACAGCAUCAAAGCAAUCCAAGCGGAAUUGUUCCAAAAAGUCGAUUCGAAGCCCAAAUUGGAGAUCAAGCCGACAAAGCCAUCGAGAUUAGUACCACCAAAGCCUGUUCUUAAGUCCGGAAUAAGCGCUCUCACCAGCAAACUGACCAAAAUGAUGACUCCAGUGAUUAAUGGCAAAUCACCCAAAUCCAGUGUCUCGCCGGAGAAAACAAUCUCCAAGCAAUCUCAGAAGAUUCCCAAGAAAAAGUACCACGAAACGUGCUUCAGUGACGAUUACCAGUCCAGCGAGGAGGAUGAGAAGCCCAAGGACAGAGCAGAGAUUAGAGUGAUUAAGAAGUUUAUCUCGCUUCGCGGCGAGGAAGAGGAUUCGCAGUCAGUUGAGGAAAAGGCCAGAAGACUUCUAGACGAGGGAUUAGUGGACAACCUGGCCACUGGCCAAUUGGCUGCGUCGCUCAUUGAGAUGAAAUUCACCAGAGAAGUCUCCCUGUGGGCAGCAUCUGAGUGCAGCGAUCUGGAGCACGCGAUUUCUCUGCUGCAGCAAGAGUGUGAACUCUGCACUGGCAAAUAUCCCAUGAAUCAAAUGAUCUCCAUGCUCAAGUGCAUUCAUCGCUGCUGCCACGAGUGCGCCAGGAACUACUUCACCAUCCAGAUCACCGAUCGUCUUAUCAUGGAUUGCGUCUGUCCCUUCUGCAAAUUGCCCGAAUUGCACGGCAAUGACACUUCUGAGGAUGACAUCCUUGAGUAUUUCUCCAACCUCGACAUCCUGCUCAAGAGUAUCCUGAGUGAGGAUGUUCACGAACUGUUCCAGCGCAAACUGCGCGACAGAACACUCAUGCAAGAUCCCAAUUUCAAGUGGUGCGUUCAGUGUUCAUCGGGAUUCUUCGCCAGACCGCGACAGAAGAGACUCAUCUGUCCAGACUGUGGCUCCGUCACGUGCGCCACGUGCAGGAAACCGUGGGAGAAGCAGCACGAGGGCAUUUCUUGUGAGCAAUUUGUGGAGUGGAAGGAAUCCAAUGAUCCCGAUCGCCAAGCCGAAGGCGUCACCAAGCAUUUGCAACUCCACGGCAUCGACUGCCCAAAGUGCAAGUUCCGCUACGCCCUGGCCAGAGGCGGAUGCAUGCAUUUCACCUGCACGCAGUGCAAGUACGAAUUCUGCUACGGUUGUGGACGACCGUUCAUGAUGGGCGCCAAGUGCACCAUCUCGCAGUAUUGCGCCAAACUGGGCCUCCAUUCCCACCAUCCCCGCAAUUGUCUGUUCUACCUGCGCGACAAGGAGCCGCACGAUCUGCAGAAGCUCCUCAAGAUGCACAAGAUCCCGUACGACACGGAGCCCGCGGAUGCGCUGAAGUUCCGGACGGAGGAAGGCGCCAAGGCGGUCCUGAAGUGUCCAAUUCCACUGCAGAAGGAAACGCCCACCGGACUGGUGGACACCGUGUGCAGUGGAGACGUCCUGGAGGGCUUCGCCGGACUGUGUCGAACACACUAUGUCGAGUACUUGGUGAGUGCGGUGGCGAAAGCCAAUGUCGAUCCGUUGCCCAUUUUGGAUUUAACUGACUGUGUCCAAGAGUUGCGCCGAAGUGGCAUUCCACUGCCCGAGCGUGGACCGUGGGACACGGAUGAAAUAUACCGUGGAAUGUGCCAAGAGAUCGUCAAGGCGCAUAUUCCCCUCAACUGACCACACAUGACCAGCCAUGCUGCAGAGUCACUUGAGCAUCGUGUCGAGCUUAUUGCUGGAAAUGGAGACUGAUUUC